AUGGCGGAAGUAGAGAACAAUUAUUUGACAUUACAUGUACCGAACCUGGCGUCGCGAGUAUUGGAUAUUUUACACGAUAUGAGAAAGCACGCCCUCUGUGUAGACACAGUCGUCUGCGUACAAGAUGAGGAAUUCACGUGCCAUCGGGUGGUUCUCUCUGCGUGCAGUUCAUUUUUUAAAGCCAUGUUUUCCCAUGAGCUCAGAGAGACUGUCGAAGCGAGAGUGACUCUGAAUGACGUCAGACCCGAGAUUAUGAAAGAUUUGAUCGAAUUUGCAUACACUGCAAAACUCCAUAUUCAUGAAGAAAAUAUCCAAGAAAUGUUGACGACGUCAAUAUAUCUCCAAUUUGAUGACGUCACUACUGCUUGUUGUGAUUUCUUGACGCGCCACUUGACGUCAUCAAACUGUCUUGAGAUGUGGAAGCUGGCAGAAAAUCACGCUUGUGAAAGUUUAAGAGCAAACGCUCAAAUGUUUUCUCUGUGGAACUUUUGCGAGGUGAAGGAGCAAGAGGAGUUUUUGAAGUUGGAUAAAGAUUUUUUGAUAAGAUAUAUAAGAGACGAUGAACUUCAGUGCGAUGACGAAGUGGACGUAUGUCAGGCCGUCAUUCAAUGGUCGCUUUACGAGAAAUCCCGCUUUACUGAGCUGACGUCCAUACUCGAACACGUCCGACUGCCGCUUGCCAAUUUAAAAGCCGUGAUGAGCCACUCUCCGCCGGAGUUGAUGGCAGACAAACAAUUUAAAGAGUUCUUGGACGAGGCCAUAAACUGCCAAUUUUUAAUUCAGCAAGGGUACCGAGUUCAAGGUCCUCGGACGAGGAUGAGGGGCAUCGGUAAGAAUUCUGGAUAUCUGGUCGCUCUUGGUGGUCAGGUGAGAGAUGGGGAUGGCAUUAUGGAUGCUACGUUCAAUGGAAAUUCGAAACAUUGCGCCGUUUCCUCGGUUGGCAAUAAGAAGGGACCAUGGCAGAACUUAGCUAGCAUUCCCAAUCACAGAAAAAGAAAAUAUUCUUUGGUGAAUUCAGGUACUGAUAUAUAUAUUCUAGGUGGUUACGACUCUGUUAAACAACGCUCAACUGCUGAAGUAUGGCGUUAUAAUUUCACCAAUAACUACUGGACUCAGAUGAGCAAUCUAACAAUCGCCAGGCACUCUCAUGGAUCGACCGAGUACAAUGGUUGCAUCUAUGUAGCUGGAGGAAAGAAUUCGCUCCUUUCUAUGCGCCUGAACAGUGUUGAAAAAUACAACAUUGAAACGGACGAAUGGGUCACCGUACCAUCCAUGCCCGAGGCUGUCAGUGUGCCUGCUGCAGUGGCAAGCUGUGGGCGUGUCUACGUAUUAGGUGGCAGCAAUGUUAACAAUAUGCCAUGUCACAAAAUUCAAUGUCUUUCUCUUAACACACUGACUUGGUCUGUUGUUCGCCACAUAACCAUACAACGGAAACUACUAUCUGCCGCUGUCCUUGGCGACACACUCUACAUAUUUGGCGGGAAGUCAGCAAGAGACGUCAUUAUUUAUAAUCCUAAAAGCGAGUCGUUGAGAUAUGAAUUACAUGCAUGUAAUGAGCAGAGAUUGUACCCAGGUGUUCUAACAUGGCGAGGGAAGAUUUAUUUGACUGGCGGGAAAGGAACGGAGAGAGUCUACAAUGAUGCCGAUGUGUAUGACACAGAAACCAAUGAAUGGAGUCGAAUUGAUGCGUUUCUUCCAAAAAAUAUGUAUAUGCAUGGCUGCUUCUUAAUUGAGGAACAUUAG